CAUAUCAGUAGUGCGGUGGAGCCGACACGCUCCGAAAUGUUUCGUCCGAGGUAAAAUACCUCCACCGUUUCCAAAAUAACUGUUGGAUCUGGUCUGUGAUCGUCAAAGGAGUAUGUUAAAUUGAUUUUUAUGGCCGUGGAUGACAGCAUUAUUUAAGUAUGGCUACAAGAAGUAACUUGCAGUCGACAGACUCGAAGACGUGUUUUAAGGUGUCCUUGGUCGCGAAGGAUUUUAAUUGCUAAAUUGCGGUGUGAAAGCUUCGUUGAAAAGGUCCAUAGAUGGACCUGUUUAUUGAGACGUUAACUGGAACAGCCUUUGAGUUACGAGUCAGCCCUUUUGAAACCAUCAUGAGCGUAAAAGCUAAGAUUCAACGUCUUGAAGGCAUUCCAAUGUCUCAGCAGCAUUUGAUAUGGAGAUCAGCUGAGUUAGAAGAUGACUAUUGCCUCCAUGAUUAUAAUAUUACAGAUGGAGCAACAUUACAACUGGUGCUAGCCAUGAGAGGAGGCCCUAUCAAUACAAGAAGAAUUCCUGUUGAAGAUCCUACUAUACGAGAAAUGGCUGAGUACAUGGAAGUCAACAGAGAAGAAAUAUGGGAUAAACUACCCAAAGAUAACCGCCAAGUGACGUUACUUGUUUUUAGGGAUGGAGAUCAGUUGAAUUUUUUUCGAGUGGUGGACAGAGGUGAUGGAACACUGACUCCUCUUUCAGACUCAUUAAGUGGUGCUUCAAUGUAUAAUUUAUAUGAUGAAGAGGAAGAGGAUAAUCCACCACCAAUAUCACAGGAAGCCAUUAAGGAAAACAGUGUCACCAUGAACAAAAUGAGAGUUCUCAAGAAUAAAAUGGAAUCACAGAAAAACAUGAAGCCUAAAUAUCAACCAGCACCACCACCCACUGAAAAACCUACCAGUGCAUCCAUUUUCAGUGCAAGGAGAAGGUUGCAAUUAACGUCUGCUUCAGCUGCAACAAAGACUCACGAGACAGCAUUCCGAGUUGUUGAUCAUCAUUCAGCAAGUAGACAUCAACCUAAGGCACCAGCAAUUCAAGGUUCACCUUCAAAACAGUCAAGUGCGACAAGCAGGGUGACGCCCAAAGGGCCUUUGCCACCUGUAAAUACAAGAAGGAAAACAAGUCAAAUUGAUGUAUCAGACUUUUUAGUACAAUCUAGCCAGGAUACAAAAAUUGUUCCUUCAAGUCGAACUCUUUCAAGGAGUGCAAUUAAAGAAGGAAGGAAGACAAUAUCAGAGAUAGUGAAAGACUCUAAAGAAAUUAAACCAUUGGGAAGUAUAUCAAAACCUGUGAGUCAUCACAAGGAAACAAGGACUUCAAGCCCAUCACAUGGGGCAACUAGUUUAGAUUACGCAUCUGGAAGUGCUAGUUUACGACGAUCAAGAAUUCCUGAGGAUUCUUCCAAUAUUAGGUAUCCUUUAGAUUUGUCAACAGGAAGUGGUGGAUUCAGACGGCUUCGUGGGAUGGACAAUCGGGUUCCAACUCCUGAAGGAAGAAGAUCUGGACUUUUGAAUGAUUCCCUGUCAUAUUCAUAUCGAAUUUCUCAUGGAAGUGCAUCGAAUAAUUCUCCUUCACACUCUCAUCAUCUUCCUCCUGUAAAAACAAAACCACAUCCACCACCUCAACUGUUACCUGUGAAAAAGAAGACUAGAUGUUUUAUGUGUGGGAAAAAAACAGGUUUAGCCACGACAUACCAAUGCAGAUGUGGAAAUUCAUUUUGUGCAACUCACCGUUAUGCAGAAGCUCACAGCUGUACAUAUGACUACAAAAGUGAAGGAAGAAAAAUAAUUGAACAGAACAAUCCAGUUAUAGCAGCACCUAAGCUCCCCAAAAUCUGACAGUUUCCUUGGUAGCACUUAUGUACAGUUACAAGUCAGAUGAAUAUAUUUUGUAAAUAUGUUUCAGGUCAAUUAAAAAAUUAAUGCCUUGAUGGUUUGCAUCAUAGAGAAUUGAAAGUCACUGGGAUAUUGAAGUUUCCUAAUUUUGUUUACCUUUGGUACCAUGGCAACUGCUGUUACCAUUUACUUUGUCUGAAAAAUCUUGGUAGCCUAUCCUAUAUUAAUCCUAAGCAGUAAAAUUGCUGUGCAAUGUAUGUUUAGAUUUUUGGUUUGUUUCCACUCAGUAUCAGUGGUUUGAAAUACAAUUUUUUGCAGUCUUUAUCAUUAUUUAAACUUUUAUUUGAGGUGGGGCUUUGUUAACAUUUUUAAUGGUUUGUGGAUUUCUAUAUAGACUUCUUUUAUAGUUUUCUUUUUGUCUAAUAUUAGAGGUCUGUAGUAACUUUAGACAUUCUGCUUAGUGGUAGAUAAGUAUGGUUACAUUCUAUUCAGGAGUGGUUCAUGAAACUUUAAAUAUAGUAAGAUUCCUUUCUCUUUGUCCAUAAUUCAUUGUACAUAAAUUAUUGCAAAGCUAAUCCAUGGUCACUUGUAAACAAACUGAACUACUUAAAGGAGGAGGUAAAGGAGUGAAAUAAAAGAAGAAAUGUAAUGGUAUUGCUGUA